AUGGCCGACUUCACCCCCUUCUCCCUCAGCUCAUUAGACCACACUCUUUUGUCUGUAUACAUUCCGCAAAAUCUGUGUUUUCGCACUGCGGACCACGAACAAUGCCUGUCGCGUCUACAGGCCGGUAUCAAUCUUUUGAUGGCUCGUCUUCCCUUUCUUACGGGUGAGAUAGUGCCCCGAACUGAUCACGAUGGUGCCAAACCAGGCGAGCUGCGCAUCCAGCCGGGAAAGAGCUCUGAUGGGAUGAUGGCCAUCCCCAUGUUGACAAUCAAGCAUUUCGCCGGCGUCAUUCUGCCUCCAGUGCUUGUCCGGGGAAGCGAUGCAGUGAAAACUGAUGACCGGGCCACAGUGGCUAGUCUGGACAGUCAGUUUUUCCCACUUCCGCCCAUCUUGCCUCCGGAACAGCCACGGCCGGUCAUGCGCAUGCAGGCAAAUGUUGUGGCGGACGGGGUGAUCUUGUCCAUGGCUUUCAGUCACUCGGUUUUUGACGGGACGGGCACUGGUCGUGUUCACGAACUGCUCGCUGAGUGCUGUCGUGCGGCAGCGACAGAACGUCCAGUAUUCCUCCCGACAGACGGCAAGGAAGAAGCCGCCUUGCGGAAUCGUCUGACAACGGCUGGCGAAGGGGGGCAUCCGAAAAUCGAUCAUUCGGGGGAGAUCGGGCAGAGCUAUGCAUACGAAAGUAAAGAGAGCGAAGCUAACACAGAAGAUUCAAAACAGCUACUCGCUGCUGACCUUCUGAUGCGGGCUUUCAUCUUCUCGCCAGAAAGGCUGGAGCGCCUUCGAAAGGCGUGUAGCGUGCUUCUGCCACUCUUGACCCACCUCUACAACCAGAAAGUAGAAGACAGCACGACAAGGACGAAAUGGCCUACAUUCCUCUCUUCCAACGAUGUUUUAACCGCUGUGCUGGGGGUCUGUGUUGAAAGGACCCGUGGGAAGGGCGGCGUUGACGUCUCCUCCCCAACGCGCAACUUGACAUUCGCGGUUAACUUUCGCAGGCGCCUCGCGGGGCUUCCAGACCAUUACCUAGGCAAUGCGGUCAUGCCCUCCCGAGUGUACUUCCGACUGCCCGUCGAUGAGCAGCCAGGUCUUCUCGACUCACUCGAGAACUCAAUUGACUUGCACCCACUACAAGGGUCAGGAAUAGACGCCAGAGGUCUGCUAGAGAUUGCCAACCUAGCCUUCCAAUCCCGUGCUGGAAUUCUAGCCAUCGACGACGCGUUUCUGCGAAGCUGGAUGGCCUUUCUUACUGGGCAGCCGGACUAUGGCUCCAUGAACCUGCGGUAUGGAGUCAUGGUAGUCACUAGCUGGCGUGAUUUGAUGAUCAACUCAUUGGACUUUGGGCCUGGGCUGGGCGAGGUUGAAAAUUUUGAGUUCAACUUUGGCGUCGCUGAUGGAACCAGAGAGCAGGCAGGAGUGUUGGAAGAAAUAAGGCGGCCAAGGCUAAUGUUUAUUGAGUUAGGGCUAGAAUCUCCGACCCACUUCAACUCUAUCCGUACAUCCAUCCCAUCACCUCAAACAAGCUUUCACCAACUAACCAAAUCACACAUCCAAGAACCAAACAAAAGCGAAGAUUCAAUGCGUUUCACCUCAUCCACACUCUCAAAAGUAGCCGCAGCCACAGCCACACUAGACCAAUACCUCACCACCCUCAAAGCGACUCAGCUCAAAGCCCUUGCGCGCGCAACCGGCAUUCCGAGCUCGGGUCGCAAAGAUGUUUUGCGCAAGAGGAUUGGGGAGGAUGUUAGUAUGAGUGUUUUUCUGCGUCAUGAUCCACAACAUGGCGAUGCUGGGAAAAAGGAAUUGAGUGUUUUGAGUAUUGACAUGGGGAUUCAGAAUCUUGCGGUUGCGCAUUUGGUUGUUAGGGAUGGGCUGUCAGCUUCUUCUUCUUCUUCUUCUUCUUCUUCUUCUUCUUUGGGUCAGCCAGGAUCGGUGAUGCUGAAUGCGUGGCAUCGCAUCGGAGUACAGGAAUUGACUCGACGGCAUCAACAAGGGAAAAUAAGUAAAGACCCCGAGUCAGAAGAGGAAGAGCCAUUACAAUUCAUUCUCCCAGCAGCAGCAUUCCGCACGUUUAGCACAACACAGACACAAAAAAGCACUGAUGAGAAGAGCAAUAUCCCCAAAGGAAUUGAAACAGUAGAAGGAAAAAUCAAUUUCGACCCUGAAAGCCUCUCCCUCAGCGCCUUCAUUCUCCUCUCCGCUUUGCUCAAGGCAUACAAACCUACACACAUACUAAUCGAAAGACAACGAUUCCGCUCCGGCGGCCAAAGAGCGGUUCUAGAAUGGAGUUUGCGUGUAGGCGUGUUUGAGGGUAUGGUGCACGCUGUGUUGAGGACGAUGCGGGAAAUAGAGUGCUACGCGGAUGCUGAUGGGCUACAAGUGUAUGGCAUUAGUCCGGCGAGGGUGAUGCAGUUUUGGGACAACGACAACGAUAGUAGAGACGAGACAGUUCAGAAGAACGCCAAGAGCGUGAAGAAGUUGAAGAUGGAUAUUAUCGGGGAAUUGCUGAUGUCGUCAUCUUCUACGUCGCGAUCAAAGCAGGAGGCUGACUCAAGAAUAUCGGCAUUAUCAUCCUGGGGGUUUGACGUUAAUACAGCUACUACGCAGAAAGUGGUUGAUGCCUAUCUUGCACGCUGGAAUGGUUCUAAUGGAAAGAAGAGGACAAAGGACGGAUCGGACAAAAACCAGGACAGAAUUGAGAAAAUGGACGAUCUGGCCGACUGUCUUCUCCAGGGUUUAACUUGGCUGGAAUGGCAGGCUAGACGGGCUAGGGUUAUUGGGGAUUUUACCUCAUCUAUAAGUCGACGUGUAUAG